AACAUCUCCAGCCACCAGCGACAAACAAACAGCUGAUGAGCGUCCCGCCUGCCACCUCGUCGCCCCUCUUCCACCUUCACCUCGCUGCCCGCGCGACGCCCAUGUAGCGGCGACAGCAUGUCGUACGACCGGAACAUACGCCGGACGACCACCACACGCAACUCUCGUGGUCGUCCGCUCUAUGCUCCACCUCCUCCGCCCCCCGGGAGCCACAAUCGCAAUCACUCCGUCCUCGGCUAUUGGGUGCCUCUAGUCACGAUUGGAACGAUCGCAGUCGGUGGUCUGGCAGCUUGGAUAUGGAGCGAGCGCAGCGACAACGACGAUGACCACUACCCGCACGACAAGCCGCAACGGCCACCCGGACCUGGAGGGCCGUAUCCUACACAGGGCGCACAGCCAUAUCCUGGUGGACCACAAGCGCAGCCUCCAGGUGCUGGAGCUCCAGGCUAUGUUCCACUGCAAGAACCGACUCAACCCCCUCCACCUGUGAGCGGAGAUGUCACAGGAGCCAGCUACGGCGGAGGAUCUGCCAGCGCCUACUACGAUGCGAGCUCAACCACGUCGCGGAAUGUCACAGAACGCAACGAUGCCACAUUUCUGGGAAGAGUGAUGCGUAGAACGCCUAGUCCGCAGCAGUUCUUCGACAAUGCUUCGAGGCAGGUCAUGGGCGGCAUGGCUGCUGCAGGAAAGGCGCUGGGCAGCAUCAUGGAGGUAGACAGCAGAGAUCACAGCGAGGAGAGGCGACGACUGGAUGAACGUGAGGGCUUCAGUGAUCAUGAAAGGUGGAGUGAAGAAGCCGAAGAUAGGCAGAGAAUCAAUACUGUCGAGAAGGGAGGCAAGAACAGCGGCACAAGAGACACCAAAGGCACAGCGAAGCGCACAGUUGCAAUUGUCGUCAGUGCAGAUGUGGACGACCAUGAUACUGCGCAUGAAGAUGCAUUCCGAACUGAGCACGGCUCCAUCCUUUCGCAUCUUCCAGAGGUCUUCAAGUCCGACAACACUGAUCUCUUCGUCCUGAUCUACGCUCCCAACCUCAAGAAUCUGCCUUCGACCAGCGCAUCAUCUGUCCUCGGAUCCUCAUACUCGAACAUCUCGACCCCAGCACAAACUCCUGGCAGCGAGCUGCAGUCCAUCUCACCCCGCAUCGACGCCACGCACCCAACUUUCGAUAACCUGCAACAGCAGGCUCAGGCUCUCGUUGAUCACCCAACAAAGAUCAUGCCAUUCUCUACUCCAGCCGGCUACGUCAGCAUCCUCCGACAUCUCGCUCCACAGAUCGUCUACAUUAGCGACACCCUCUCUGGCCGCGAAGGCGAGACAGUCGCUCAGCUCAAAGGCUGGGUCGGACACACUGUUCUCGUCGUCGGAGACGAAGGCCAUGGUGGUCUUGCUGAUACCGAGACGGAGACGGAGACUGAGGAUGAGAGAAAGAGGCAGAAGAAGAGCGAUAAGAGAUGGUGGGAACACUCGAGCAUUGUCGGCCUCGGAAAGGAGAUCGACGUUGUUGAUGCCAUGAGAGUUGGUGAUGACUGGGCGAGACGAGUUAAUGGACGAGAGUGAGCAUUGAACCGAGCACAGGAUAUGAGAACAUGCGAGGAAAAAUGGACCUGAAAGCGGAUAUGAGUGUGUAUAGUUUUGAUUUUUUUGCUCGCGUUUGACGAGGGCUGUUUCGAUAACCCGUUAUGAUGCUGAUGACUUUGAACUUAGUCGAGACCAAUACUUGUCUAGUCCCUGAUUUGCCUCUGUUCACCCUCCUUCUCCGCAGCCUGGCACGGGCUUCCUGCGAUGCAAAGUCCCCUGACAAGGGCUGCAGUUCUCAUGGGACCAUCUUGUUCGCGGCUUCAAUGCUCU